CUCCUCUCAAUCAGCUAUUACCGUUCAACAAGCUACCGCGACCCUACAUCCUAUUUUUUCGAUCCAAAUCGUGCCUACGAACAACGCUACUCCGCCCACCGAAUCCAGGAAGCGAAGACUUUUCUCAGCAGGGCUGGCGAUUUCCCUCCCCGAGCAAAGCCACCCGGUAAUAGUCAGCCUACAAUUUGCGUGGGGAUAGUGACGGUUCGCCGAAGAAGAGAACAGUAUGUAGGGUUGACAAUCGCCUCCCUUCUGGAGGGACUUACCGAUUCGGAACGAGACACUAUGUUCCUUGAUCUGCUCAUUGGACAUACUGAUCCCUCUACCCAUCCAAUUUUCUCGGAGAAGUGGGUAGAAGUCCUACCCGACCGCGUCCUCCUGUACCCGAAAGAGGAUGACCCCGAUUACGAGCAAAUCCGCGAAUGGGAGGAAGGAGGAUGGUAUCGCAACAAGACCAUCUACGACUUUACGCAUUUGAUGAAGGAUUGUUAUGAUACUGGUGCAGAUUAUGUCGCUAUGGUUGAAGAUGAUACAUUGGCUGCCAAGGGCUGGCUUUCUUCUACGCUACACGCACUUGACGUGAUCCAGCAGCGCAGCAUAGCAGGGCAAGACUGGGUCUAUCUUCGCCUCUUUUAUGUUGAUGACCUCCUGGGAUGGAACUCGGAGGAGUGGCCGAGAUAUCUCGCGUUGUCUUCUGUUGGCUGGGUAGCUUUAACAGGAGUCAUGGUAUUAAUAGAGAGGAGAUUCUUCAAGUCAACACCCGCAAGUGCUGUCUGGACAAUAUCUCUCCUUUUCAUCCCAGCAUUCAUCGGACUACACUUCAUCGCAGGACGGCAGACAAUGUGGCCCAUUCGUCCCGGCGUCCAUGAAAUGAACAAAUACGGAUGCUGCUCGCAGGGCCUGGUAUUUCCGCGUUCGAUAGUGCCGCGAUUUCUGGAACAUACCGGCCUGACAACCGACUGGUUGGUUGAUAUGAUGGUAGAGAGAAUUGCCAACCGACAAGGGUGGAAACGUUAUGUGGUAGUGCCCCCAGUCCUCCAACAUAUCGGUGCGACAAGUUCGAAAGGUUAUGGAUUUGACAAGUCGGCAAAGACAAUCUGGAAUUUCAGAUACGAAGAGUAUCCCUAUUGA